AAGAAACUGGGGCUGUGGUGGCGCCCGCUCUGCCCAUGCGCCUCGCAGCGCAGCAUCCGCCGGCAUCCGUUUUUGCGCAUAAAUGCCACGGGUGCCGCGGGUGCCACCCGCGAACACCGCGCCAUCGGCGCGGGGCCGUGCGAAGGGCAAGCAGUGGAGCGCCUCACUGGCCCAGCGCCAAUGCAGGUGGCCUGCCAAGCAUCGAAAGCGGGAGAAGCCUGCGGAUGAAGCUGGGAUUGGUACAGACGUCCUCGCUGACCUUGCGAGGAUUGAGAGGAUCCUCCCCUCGCAGCUGACCAUCUCGGAGAGCCUGAUGCAUGGCUAUGGCAUCCACGCACGGAAGCCGUUUGCACCAGGAAACGAUAUCGCCUUCGAGAAUGCCUUGGUUUGGGCUGCCUUGGGCAAAAAGGCCGUCAAGGGCACCAAGAGCUUCAACGCGCUGGAACUAUUCCCGCACGACACUCUAGACGCUGAGGCCCAGCAGAGUGCCGUCACUUUGACAUUGGCCUUGCUGCAGAGAACGGCCAAGACUGUGGAGCUGCUGCAGAGCUGGUUCCGUCUGUGCUACAAGGGGCCCCAGAAUUGGCGCACCUUGCCCACCACCAAGCUGGCACUGGAGCGUCGCCUGCGCUUUGCCCGGGAGAUCCUGGCGAAGAACUCCGUGAACCUUCAAAUCACCGACGAGGAGUUCAUGGCUUUGGACCUGCAGCGCAUCGGCACCGGGGUGGGCCCUCCAACGAUUGUGCCGCUCUGCUUCGCGCUGCUGAACCAUUCCUGCUGUCCCAAUGCCAAGCUGAUCUAUCGCGGCUGUCAGGGCUCUUUGACUUGUAUGAGGCCCAUUGAGGCGGGCGAGGAGAUCUUCAUUUCUUAUAUCAAUGAAGUGGACGAGGUGCUCUCCAGGCGGUAUUACAUGCUGGAGCUUCACGGUGUGAAGUGCCUCUGCCCUCGCUGUGCCGCAAACUUUGCCACCGGCGACUGUAAGGUGGUGAACAGCUGGGUUUGUCCCUGCUGCAAGUCCGCCGUCGAGGAUCAGGCGGUGCAGUGCUCAUGCGGCACUGUGGUGAGCUGCCGGGAUCGGCAGCAGCGACUGCGGCGGGAGCACGCGAUCUGGACGGCGUUGACCCAGGCCACCAACUAUGUCUCCAAGCUGGCGGCCGCGCUCGGUAAGUCCAAGUGGGACAAGGUGGACAGAGAUCGGGUGAACUCGGUCUUGCGCUGUGUGAGCCAAGCUCAGUGGGAAUUCGCCGGUCUGCGCCCGUCAGGGAGCCAGGCUCGUGUGCAGGCUUGGGCACAACUGCGCUCUUCAGUGGGUGCCAUCCACGCCAGCAACCAAGACUUGAUGAAGUUUCUGCGGCAGGCCGAGAUGGACUUCGUCAAAGAGUUGGCGCAGCAGCACCAGCAUAUCUCGGCAGAGAUCGAAGGCAAAGAUGCGUCCAUCGGCGACGCAAGCUGGGCGCGACGCUUGGUAGCGGCGCUGCGCCUCUACGAACUGACCUCCGACACCCUGCGCCUGAUGCGGGUGGGGCCCCGCUCCGACGGAGGCUACGUGAUGUUGGACACCGGGGAGUCCAUCAAGCAACUUCUGAGCUACGGGGUCGGCACCAACAUCGACUUCGAGUGGGAUCUUGCGAUUUUGGGCGCUAAAGUGCACCUCUUCGACCACACAGUGGCCUGCCUCCCUCGCCAGCAUCCCAAUUUCAGCUUUUAUCAGGAGGCGCUGUGUGCUGAGGAGCUGCCAGGCGUGGGCACCACACUGACAGAGGGCGUGCAGCUCCUGGGCGCCGGGCCUUCGGUGCUGAAGUGCGACGUGGAGGGCGCCGAGUUCGCCUCCAUCCUGUCCACAGACAGCGAGGUGCUGGGCCGCUUGGACCAGUUGUGUCUUGAGCUGCACUGGCUGGGCCGGCCUCGCUGCGGCGACGCCCAGGUGAAGGCGAUGGCCCUCGAGAAGUUGAACGAGCAAUUCGUGAUGCUGCACGCCCAUGGCAAUAGCUACGGAGAUGUGGUAGAUGUCGCCGGCUAUCAGAUCCCGGACGUGCUGGAGGUGCUGUACGUCCACCGGCGGCUGCUGGGCAGCAGCUUCCGGCCCAGCGGCGCCGGGCUUGUUCCCAGCGAGCUGGACGCCAACAACUGCCCCUUCGUGCCAGACAUUUGCCUACGGGGUGCUCCGUUCGGGGCAGAUGUGCCCGACGAAGCGGAAGUCCCGGAAGCAAAAAGCGCCGAGCGGGUGCCCAACAGACAAGGUCAGUCGGUCGCGCAUGCAGCGCGCAUGAGGUACAUGACGGACGUCCCGGGAAAGCUCCGAGAGGACUUCCUGCAGGUUCGUUCGGAGCCUUUCCCCAUCGAGCCGGAGAAGCUCACGGAUAGGCCUCCCUUCAUUCACAGGAAAGGCAGCUGGGUGCCGCGGCAAGCCUCGAAGGUGCCGGACAAGUUCGACGCGAAGGUGGACGCGUUUGCGCACAACUUCAUGCAGGAGAUGCGGCGCAGGUCGGCCUCCGGCCGCUUGUGA